AUGACCUAAUUGAAUCAUGAUUGAUGAAAUUAAUCAAGUUUCUAUAACCUAAGCAUGCCCAACUUUGACCUAGUAAGAUGUUCUCUCUCCUAGGUCAAAACACAAUUCCCCAAAUCAAAGCUAUAAAAAAGUAAGAACAUCAUUCAACAUGAAUUAGAUAAGGAAAUUGAGUAAUUACAAGUCUAGGGUUACAAACUAACAAUCAUUGAUUACAUUAAAGCUAGUGUUCCUCUGCACCUGAUAACAUCGUAUUUGCACAUGUUUUCACCUUGUUUCCUGGCCAUUUUAGCUCGAAUUUGUUGUUCCUUAGCCUAUUUUACGCUAGGUUGUGUUGUUUUGUCGUAUUUCAUGUCCUAGCAAGUAAAGUGGUGCAUAGGCGCAAGUUUUGGGUCAUUUGGAGGUCAGGUGGCCAUUCAAAGAGCAAAUUACGGGCAGCCCCUGCCCAUUUACGGGCGUAAUUGCUCCUGGCAUGCCCGUAAAUGCAAUGCCGAGCCUAAUUCUUUAGAAUUCCUGUCGCAGAGACAAUUAAGGACAAUAGUCAAAGUAACUACGGUCGUAAUUCCAUAAUUACUGGCAGUAAUUGGGUAAUUAUGACCGUAAAUCCUCCCUUCUGAGUUAAGUGAAACGCGCGUUUUGGGCGAUUUACGGGCAGACCAUGAUUACGACCGUAAUUCAGCCCGUAAUUUGCCCAGAAUCGGGUUUUUGAGUCAGAUUCGAGCCAAAGGAAAGACAAUCGACUUUUUGGAGCAAAAACAGAGUUUUAGAGAGAGAAAGUGCGAAGAACAAACCCUAGGAGCUAUUUGGAGUGGAUUUCUCACCGUUGAAGCCCAGAUUGCAUCCCCAGGAGUGAAGAUUGAUAUACCAGAGCAUAUUCUUCCCAUUUUUAUGAGUACGACUGCUUUGUAUUCUGUUUCCCUCUCUCUCUCUCUCUCUCUCUAUGGAGUAGAACUUUCUCUCACUUGGGUAUGAAGAACCCUAGUUCCAUGUGUUAGGAAUCUUGAUUGUAAUUACGUUUGGAUUGUGAUAUUGCUUGAUUAUAAUCGAUUGAAGUGUUUUGAUUGAGUCAAUUGAAGUCUGAUCAUCUUUUAUUGAUUUCUGCUGCAACCUGAGAUAGAUAGAAUCUGAUUAGGUUUUUAGAGCUUCUUUAAUCGAUAGUAGUGAAUCGAUUAUACGAGAGUUAGUCGAUUCACUACUUUGUACUGGAAUCUAAUUCCAGUAGUGGAGUUCUGUGUUCAUUGCCUCAGCGUUCUAUCCCGGUGAAGACUAGUCGUCUGCCGGGUAGUUUGACUGAGAGGGCUUGGUCAGCUUAAGAGAUUCCAAGCUAUUGUCGGAUCUUCCGUAGUAGUAUAAUCAGCAGUAAAGCAACCAAAAGUAAUUACAAAUGUGACCUAACUAAGGAGCUAGGGGGGCUCAUUCCCGAGUGACUCUUCCUUUGCUUUAGAAAAUCGAACCAUUUCCUGCUUUCUUACUGCUUUUAGUUAAAAUCACAAUCACUCAACUUAGUUUGCUAGAUAAUAGAUAAUCACGGAGUAGGCAGUAGAUCUAGACCCUGGGUUGACAAUUAGAGGCUGCCUGUUACUGCAUUUCCGGACUGCGAUUACACUUGGUCGCAGUUUGGUGUUGUGUUUUAGCGUGUCAAGUUUUUGGCGCCGUUGCCGGGGAGCAUCUAGGUUAUUGGGAACGUGAAAGUUUGUUACUCUAGCUUUUUCUUUAAUGCAUUUUCUCUCUUCCGCCUGUGUGCCUUCACGGGUUGCUUUUGCUGAUUGUGUGCAGGUAGUCCAUGACCCGUAGCCAGUCGGGAGAUUUACUACCAUUAGACCAGGAGGUUGAACGCACCUGUAGGAACUUCAAGCGGGCUCUAAAGGCGCAACUGGCUGCGGAGGAGGAGCUAGCACAACUGCAAAUCGCCGACGAAGAAGAGAUGGGUGACCCACAGGACCAUGAUGUGGUCCUUCCUGAGGAGCAGACCAUGGGAUACUACUGGACCGCUAGAGCCGCGGACAUGAGGUCGCCCAUUCAGCACCCUCAUAUUCCAGCGAAUAACUUUGAGGUGAGCACCUCUGUCAUCACCAUGCUGCGCGGUUUGGUGGUGUUCCGAGGCAAGGAGGGGGAGUGCCCCCGAUCACAUCUGAGGCGAUUCCAUGAUAUCAUCGAUGGAAUCAAGAUAAAUGGGGUCCCAGCCUAUGCCAUCCAGCUGAGGUACUUCCCAUUCACUAUGGAGGGGCAGGCCAAGGAGUGGCUGGACACCAGGCCCCCCCGGAUUGAUCACCACGUUCUCCAACUUGGCGGGCAAGUCCCUCACUCGCUACCAUCCCCCGUCCAAGACGGCGGACCUGCAUAAGCAAAUUACCCACUUUGCUCAUGAUGAAGACGAGACCAUCCGGGAUGCUUGGGAGAGAUACACCAGUCUCUUCCUCAAGUGUCCCAACCAUGGUUUUACUGACGCCUUCAAGGUGGGCACCUUCUACCAUGCCCUCUUCCCGGAAGACAAACAGUUGAUUGACUCGGUCUGUGGAGAGAAUAUGCUCACCAAAACACCGCCACAGCUGAAUCAACUUUUUGAAGAGAUGGCAGAGUAGGGCUAUGACUGGGGAACUGCGAGGAGAUCGAGACGAGCACCACUGCAAGGAGGCCAAGGAGUGGAUUGACCCAUUCAUCUGAUUUGGUGCAGGUGGUUUCGAAACUGGUUCAGCCAUCGAUCGCUCUGGGAUGAUUGCAGGUAGAGGACAGCAGCAGGCGAUGCACUGCCAGUGGUGUGAGAGUUCCCAUCACACCGUGGAGGAUUGUCAGGCGAUGAGGGAGUCUUCCACUGUAACACCCUAACCUAGCCGGGUACUACUUUUACUAACAUGCCCUUGAUAAAUAAAAUACUCAAACAUUAAAUUGCAGCGGGAAAAAUUUUAAUAAAUAAAAUACUGAAAA